UGACUCCCUGAUGAUGAGAGCAUCAAUUUGUCUCCAUGAGAUGAGUCUUUAUAGGUAUUAGUGGAAGUGCUGUGUUUCCCAGCGAGAUGAGUCUUUGUGUGUCUCUAAUAUAUCUUCUUGUCCUUCUUCCAUUCUACAAUGGUCAGAACAUCGUAAAUGUGGACACGGAAACUGCUUUACAAAAUAUAAUUUUCGAGAGAUAUAAUCGUUAUCGUAAACCGGUAGUGAAUAUAACCAACAAUGUUCCGUUUGGAAUGGUAGUUUCUUUGCUCAGUAUUGAAAAGGUGGACGAGAAAUCGCAGACACUUUCAUCUGUUAUUUGGGUAACCUAUAAUUGGAGAGAUGAGUAUCUCCGGUGGAAUACAUCAGAAUAUGGGACUGAAUAUCUCCGGGUUCCAGCCGAAAAGGUAUGGGUUCCGUCUAUUUGUGGCGUUAACGAGCUUUCUGGUAAGAUGUGUAUGACUUAUGAAUCUGUGAAAGAACACGAAGCUUUCAUUCGUUACACAGGACAUGUCUCCUUGCAUACCACAGUUAAAAGUACCAUUCAGUGCAAAAUUAAUCUACAGAAAUAUCCCUUCGACGAGCAGACUUGUACUUUUGAAUUUAUGUCAUUGAUAUCAGCGAUGCAUCAGUUAGAAAUGAAUGAGAAGUUUUCCUUCAUUGAAGCAUCACACGCAGUAUACAAUGGCGAAUGGAGUCUGGUGUCUACAGGGAAGAACGUUAGAAGCAUGAAAGAUAGAAAUAAUCAGUCUGUAGAUUAUUUUCUGGAAUUCACAAUGAAUAUACGUAGACGUUCUAUUACGGGGAUUCUCACGGUAAUGUUUCCCAUCAUCAUUCUGUCUAUCAUGAACAUUUUCUGUUUCGUGCUCCCUAUUGCAGCGGGUGAAAAAGUUGGGAUGUCCAUGGCUAUUUUUCUAACCUUUGCGGUGUACGCUAACUUGUUGAGUGAAAAUAUGCCGACAUCCGCCGAAAACCUUUCAUGGUUCAGUAUCUACGUUACAACACAGGUCAUUCUCAGCGCCAUUACGGUUGUAUUGCAAUCUAUUCUACUUCGUGUUUACCACCAGGAUUCACAACCUGAUCAGUAUGAGAGAGAAGUUGAUAUGAAUGGACAUCAUCUGAAGACUAUCAUGGAAGAAGUAGGGAAAUGUAAUCCAGUUGUCGGGUCAGACGAGCCCACUAUAAUUAAAACACGCAGCAAUAAAGAUAUUGCCUUGAGAAUGGAGAACGUAUUUAUGGUAUGCAUUAUUUGCAUGAAUAUUGUGUCAAUUUGUCUUCUGUUUGCAAACAUUAUGUGAGAAAAGCAAUGGGAAAAUGACAUAUUUGAACUGCUUGUUUAUUAAAAGACAUGGUUAACAGUUUAAUCUAUGAGUGGGUUGGCUAUACCUACAUACGCAUUUAUAUAGAAAAACAAAUUGUAACUAAAUAUUAAAUAGAAUCGAUCAUUGAAUAUUUUUCUCUUCAAAUCAUAUGCAUGAAUAUCCUUAGUACAUGUGACAUGAAAUAUAGUUCUACAACACAUAGAAAUACAUACAAAAUGAACAGUGCAUGAAGUGGACAAUGUGUUAUAGAAUUAUGUGCAUUGUAAUACAACUGUUUUAUUACACCAGAUAUAGAGUUUGUUUGGAUAUCUUUUUUUUACUCAUAAUGAGCUUUUAAAAGGAAAUCUUCUGUUACAAAAUUCCGAUGUAUACCUUUAUACAUGUACAUGUAGCGAAGGAUGAGUGCUGGUGCAUGUGCAAAAAAAGGUAGUUUUGAUUAAUAAAUAUUAACCACCCC